AUGGUCAAGAAAGCUACCAGCCCCGCCUACGUCCUAGGCGUGGGAAUGACCAAGUUCAUCAAACCUCGUGGCAAGGUCGACUACAAUGAACUGGGCUACGAGGCCGGUAUCAAGGCCAUGCUCGAUGCUCAGAUCACCUACGACGAUGUUGACCAGGGUGUCGCUUGCUACGUCUACGGCGACAGCACCUGCGGCCAGCGCGUCUUCUACCAGUUCGGUCUGACCCAGAUCCCCAUCUACAACGUCAACAACAACUGCUCUACCGGUUCGACUGGUCUGGCCAUGGCCCGCACCAUGGUCUCCCACGGUGCCGCCGACUGUGUGCUCGUCGUGGGCUUCGAGAAGAUGAACCCCGGUAGCUUGCAGUCCAUGUAUAACGAUCGCGCCAACCCGACCGGUCUGUUCGGUACCAUGAUGGCCGAGACUCGUGGUGUCACCAAUGCCCCCGCGCCGCCCAGAUGUUCGGCAAUGCUGGCGUUGAAUACAAAGAGAAGUACGGCGCAACAAACGAAGACUUCGCUGAAAUCGCCCGGAUCAACCACGAACACUCCAAGCGCAACCCCUACUCCCAAUUCCAACAAGAAUACUCCCCUAGACCAAAUCAUGAAAUCCCCCAUGAUCCACGAACCCCUCACAAAGCUCCAAUGCUGCCCAACCUCCGACGGUGGCGCCGCGGCCGUCAUCGUCUCCCAAGAAUUCCUCGACGCCCGCCCCCACCUCAAGGAAAACGCCAUCCUAAUCGCCGGCCAGACCCUCGCCUCCGACACAGACCAGGUCUACAACCAGAGCUCCAUCGACCUGAUGGGAUUCGGCAUGUCACGCUACGCAGCCCGCACCGCCAUCGCCGAGGCAGGCGUCAACGUCAAGGAUAUCAAGGUCUGCGAGCUGCACGACUGUUUCUCCGCCAACGAGAUGAUCACCAUCGACGCGCUUGAGCUCUCUGAGCCAGGCAAGGCCCACGAGAUGGUCCGCAAGGGCGAUAUCACCUACGGAGGCAAAAUGGUCAUCAACCCCUCUGGCGGCCUCAUUUCCAAGGGCCACCCGCUCGGCGCGACGGGUAUUGCCCAGUGCGCGGAGCUGGUCUGGCAUUUGCGUGGUUGGGCAAAUAACCGUCUGAUCGACGGUACUAAUGCGGCUCUGCAACAUAAUCUCGGCCUGGGCGGUGCGGUCGUCGUGACUGUUUACAAGCGUGCGGAUGGUAAGGUCGCUGCGGCUGUUCCUUCGGAUGUCGUGGGCAAGGUCAAUAAGCUGGGUUAUAACCCGGCUGUUGAAGCUCGUGGUUUCACUGCUGCCCAGGCCAAGUCUGUGAUUAGCCAGAAGCACAGCAGUGAGUACGCUGUUGCUGAUGCGCAGGAGCGAGUCCUGGCUCGUUUCUGA